UUCAGCCGGCAUCAGUUGAAUUCGAAAAGUCGAAGCGAUAACAGCUAUCAAAAGCCAAGAGAAAGUACCCACCAAACAGAAGAUUACAAAAAUAAUCUUUAAAGAGGAAAAUUAAACAAAAUUAAAAAAUAUUAAAGUUGAAAGAGCAUUGUCAGAUAAUCCUUCAAGACAAACAAAAACCACUUUUAAAGAAUACUUGAGCUAAAAACCCAGAGAUACCUCCUAAAGGAGCAUAACCAGACAACCUUCAAAGCAAGAAACAUUAAUCAACUAUCAGAGAUGGCCAACAUUCCAUUGCUAUUGAGCCUUGCCGAUGAUCUGGGUCGCAUGUCUAUGGUGCCCUUCUACGAGCCCUACUACUGCCAACGCCAGAGGAAUCCCUACUUCAGCCUGGUCGGUCCCAUGGAACAGCAGCUGCGCCAGCUGGAGAAACAGGUGGCCUCGUCUUCGGGCGCUCAGGGAGCCGUGUCCAAGAUAGGCAAGGACGGAUUCCAGGUCUGCAUGGAUGUGUCGCACUUUAAGCCCAGCGAACUGGUUGUCAAGGUUCAGGAUAACUCCGUUUUGGUCGAGGGCAAGCACGAGGAGCGGGAGGAUGACCAUGGCCAUAUUACCCGGCACUUUGUGCGGCGCUAUGCCCUGCCCGAGGGCUACGAUGCCGAGAAGGUGGCCUCCACUUUGUCCUCGGAUGGAGUGCUCACUGUGAGUGUUCCCAAGCCACCGGCAAUUGAGGACAAGGGUGCGGAGCGUAUCGUCCAGAUCCAGCAGGUGGGUCCAGCUCACCUCAAUGUCAAGCACAAUCCCAAGGAGGAACUGGAGCAGGACAAUGGCAACGAGAAGUAGAGGAAUCUGGAACAUUAUGUACUGCAUUUAACCAUUGUCAAAGUCAAAGUCAUUAAUCUGUUUUAUAAGCUGUAGUUAACCGGGACACUCUCUCACUCAUUAGCCAUUGGAGGUGUCUUGUCGUAAUAUUAACCUUUCCAACUAUAUAUUACUGUAAUUGGAUUCUAGAAUCUAGAAUAUCAAAAAUACCAAUAAAAUAUAAAUAUGUAUCUUAAAA